UACUAGGCGCAGGCCGUAUCUUAUCUAACUGUGCUUAUCUUAUCGCUAGCAAUUUUCUCUUUCAUGUGACUUCCAACAUUGUCAGUAGCGCAGCACGGGCUGGGUCAAUCGAUUUCAAUCAAUGAAUCAUGAUUGAUGCUCACUGACCCAAACUCUUAGUCCCAUACAAGUCCUGAAAACAUGUCGUCCACAAAGGACAGUCGGGUGAAGAGACCGGCCUCUCGUAGCCCUUCCCGCUCUGGCUCCGGACUACGGCUUUCAAAACAUCACCGCGAGCGAGUAGCCAAGGAAGCCGCUCAGAAACAAGCCAACGACCUUCACCUCGUCGAACGCACUAAUGCCCUCUCUCUCCAAGAUUUCAUAGCCAACUUCAUCGAUCCAGUAGCCCUCCAGAUACGCACAACGACAGCCCUCGCCAAGGAUAGCACAACGGAAUACCAAGCCCAAAUACACACCGCAAACACUAUCCCCGAACCAGACUUCGAGGGCUGUUUUGCACUGAUCGAACAGACCUCAUCGGCCGAUUACUCCGCGUCGUCGAUAGGAUGGUCGCCGUCCAAGAAGAGGAAGGAAAUGCGGUUACCGGAUAUGCGCUACAUGGUUUUGCGGUCAACAGAAGACUGGGGAGAAGCAUCCGCCGGACACAGCCAGACGGAGACUAGGGAGGAAGGCGUCCGACAGCGAACGCCGCCGGUGGCAGGGUUUCUGUCCUUUAUGACGACGUAUGAGGACGGGAAGGAGGUCUUGUAUUGUUACGAGGUUCAUGUGAAUCCGGCGUUGCAGGGACAAGGGCUUGGGGCGCAGGUGAUGCGUUUGUUUGAGGAGAUUGGUAGCAGGAUUGGCUUGGAGAAGACUAUGUUGACUGUCUUCACAGCUAAUGCGGCUGCGGUGAGGUUUUAUGAACGGUUGGGGUAUGCGGUCGAUGAGUACUCGCCUGGACCGAGGAAGUUGCGGAAUGGCACUGUGAAGGAGCCUGACUAUUUGAUUUUAUCUAAGGCGCUGAGGUAGAUUUAUCUUUCGGCAUGGUGUACGCUUUUCGUUUAGAUUUAGAUUGGAUGAUAGAAUCUUCUAUAGUUACG